AUGGCUGUUGAGUACAGUUCCAGUCGAAUGCUGUGUCAGAAGCACCUGGCUGAGAGGGGCCAUGGGUUCUUCCCGGUUCCUGGUACAUGCAACAUGUUCGUCCUGUGUUCCUACUCCCAAAAUCAGACACAGUUCUGUCCCAGCGCCACCUUCUGGAGCAACGACAUCAACAGCUGUCAACAAGUUGACCUCGUCUCCUGUCCGUACGAUCCCUGCCGCAAUCGCCCCGACGGAUACCAGUACCCGGAUGUAGACUCCUGUCACAACUUCUACGUCUGCGGAAAUCGGAGAUCACAUCACGCGAGAUGUCAGCCGGGCGAGAGGUUUGAAGCUUCUUCCUCCAUGUGCGUGCAGCAGGUCGUGUUUCCGGCGGCAGCAGUGGGGCCAACAAGACCCUCCCGAGAAUGCGUAAAUGACUUCUACUUCCCCUAUGAUGGUAGUAUGCUGGAGUCCAGGGGUCGAAUCCACCAGGCCAAACUAGGGUCGGUCGGUGUCACGGAUCAAAAGGCGGUAUUCCACGGAGCAGGAAGUUUGGAAAUACCCUUUCUCGUCAACAGCGACUUCCGGCCUCAGUUUGCUCUCUCCUUCAAGUUUAGAGUUACCUCCCAUGAGUCAAGGCGAGGAAACGGCAUGGCGCUCGUUGGAAACGGAUGCAACGGAACGAAGGGAACACUGCGCAUGUUUAUCAGGAGAAGGAUCGUAACCUUGGAGGUCACGAAUGUGACGUCAGAGACACCUGUGCAACUGAUGAGGAAUAACACCAUCAUACGGUUCAAGGUUGGCAACAAGGAAGCGAAGCCUGUAUACACAAAUUUGCAUAUAAAGCCCAUUACGUGUGCCCUGGCCAUAGGAAUGGGAAACGGUCUUGAAAACUUUAUCGGGGAGUUUGAUGAUCUGCUGUUCUACCGUUGUGUUCCCGAGGGGUUCAUGGCGGGAUGA